UUUUUUAAACCCGGAUCGGGCCUUCCUUGAUGUUAGCCCUCCUGGUGGUAUCACGGCCGGGGGAAAGGCGACAGAGGAGGCCGGGCUCGCAGACAUGGAGGCUCGCCGUCCUUGCGGAGGGAGUGAGCUGUAGGACGCGCUGAUUUCUGCAGAGUGUCGGCACUCCUAGCAUGGACCCUGCACACAGUGGAGGGGAUAUGUCACCUUUGUAUGUGCCAAGAAAGAGAAGGUCCGUCCAGUCACAACCUCGAAGCGGCGUGCCAUGUCCAGUCGUGCAGCGAAUGCCAGAAAGAACCUGUGAAUCAAACUCAGCCGGAUACCCGAAGAAUGAAGAGUCUCAAGCCCAGGAUGCUGUAAAGAUGAAGAGAACUUAUGGCAGAAAAAGGUACGAGGACCUUCAGAGUGUUUCCAUAGGAACAGUAGAUUACCCAACCACCAGCUGCUCAGUGAUGUCAUCAGGCGGGCUGGCCAAUGGGGCGGAUCCAGGGGGCAUGGCUCCGCCCACUGCAAGGCUGCCUCCGAGACUGGUUGCGAAGGACGUGUGGCCUCAGGGCCCAGAGACCAGCAGGGAGCAGUCCCAGCCUCAGGACCAGAGCUGGACCUCUGGCAGGGACAGAGACCCCGACGUCUGGGCCCCGGGUAGAGACCGACCGCAGGAGCAGGUCUGGAGCUCUGGCAGAGACCGAGCGGGACACUCCAGUCAAGACCAGACGUGGAUUCCAGGCCGGGACAGGACCCAUGCCGGACCGGACCAGGGCUGGAUGACGGGUCGGGACCGAGGUCCGGAGCAGGGCUGGGCGGCCGGCAGAGACCGAGGCCAGGAUCAGGCCUGGAACGCAGGCAGGGAUCCAGGAAGAGACCGAGCCCCCUCGGGGCCGGAGCAGGCGUGGGGAACCGGCCGAAGCCAAGACCAAACCUGGAGCAACGCGAGCAGAGACAGAGGCCACGUCUGGAGACCUGACCUGAACAUGAAGAAAGUCCAGAGAGUUGAGAUGGAGCGAAGCCCGGCUGUUAACAGCUUCCCUCAGCCACCAGAGGGCAGAGACUCGUGUUCAGAUGGAGCCAGUGUUGGUGAGGCGUCUACAGUCCAACCCAGCGAGGAGCAGAAACCCCCCGUCCCCUCCACCAAGAAGGAGCCUCCCACCUACCCUCCAGGAAGUCAAGAGGAGCGUUGGCAGCUGCAGAUUGUGGCCAAAGGCAGAGUCACCUGUCCGAAGUGUAAAAGUGUGAGCAGGAAGACUGUGGAGGGGCUGAAGAAACACAUGGAGAACUGCAGACUGCAACCCUUUACCUGUCAGCACUGUGGGAAGCAGCUGAAGUCUUCCACAGGGAUGAAGUAUCACAUCAUGGCCGACCACAGCUAUCUGCCCUCAGCCGACGAUGCCAAGGACCUGGACGAUCGCGUCAUCAAAGACAAGCUGCGUAAAAUCCUGAAGAGGCUGGGCAAAUUAAAAUGCUCUAAAGAGGGCUGUAGUGCUGCCUUCACCAGCAUCAUGGGCUACGUGUACCACAUGAAGAAGUGUGGGAAGGAGGAGUCUGAGCUGGAGAAGAUGCUGCUCAAUUGUUCCCACUGUGGGAAAACCUACAAGUCCAAGGCCGGUCUGGAGUACCACCUGAAAUCAGAGCAUGCUCCUAUGCCCCAGAAAAACGAGGAAGACGAGGCACUGAAGGCCCAGAGGGAGGCCAACCCGGAGAGGACGGCCAGCGGCAGGGUGCAGCGAGCGUCGGCCCAGGUGGCAAACUUCCACCUGGCUGAGAUUGCCAACAACGAGCUGCCCAAAGACUGGCCCAAGAGGAAGUUUCAGUCAGACCUGGUGCCUGAUGACAAAAAGCUGAAAUACGCCCGACCGGGUCUGCCGGCCUUCAGCCAAGAGGUGCUGAGGAAGUGGAAGAAUGAGGUGAAGCUGCAGAGGAAAGUCCAGUGUCCCAACCAGGGUUGUGGCUGCACCUACACCAGCGUGUCCGGACUGAAAGCUCACCUGGGACUCUGCACAAGAGGCGACUUUGAGGCUGGAAAAUACAGAUGUCUGAUCUGCAAUAAAGAGUUUAACUCUGAAAGUGGAGUGAAAUACCACAUCAACUCGGUCCAUUCACAGGACUGGUUUGUGACAAACAAAAAGGCCUCCAAGAAGUUUGAGAAGUUCCUCAAGAACCAGCCUAAGGAGUUUGUCCAUAAUGUGGACAAACAGAUCGUGGAUCAGUACCACCAUAAUCACCUCCAGCAGCAUCACCACCACCACCACCACCACCACCAUCACCAUCAGCAGCAGCAGCAGCAGCACCAUCAGCUCCAGCACCAACCCCUGCAGCACCCUCUGCAACCACUGCAUCACCUCCAGCACCAAGUCCAGUUCCUCCACCCAGAGCACCAGAGCCUCCCUCCACAGGCGGACGCCCAGCUCCAGCAGCCGAUGCUCCACUACACCCCGUUAGAGCCUCCCCCGGGGCCGUUGUGGGUGGAUAUGGACCGGAGGGGAGCUGUGCCGGGGCCAGAGCAGACCCCCAUCGAGAUGGAGAUGGCUGAUGUGGACAGACCUGGAGAGGACAACAGCGGGAUGGUGGAGGAUAAAAGGAGAGAGAAGGGGGAGAGAGGAGCGGAGAGGGGGAAGGCUGAUGGGAAGCGGAAGGAUUGCUUUGCUUUCGAGGUGGAGCAGCAGGACAGGCAGAGACACAUCGACCAGUGGAAUCUGAAGCGUCCGGGCGUCAUGGAGCCCCACGCCGAUGCUGGAAAGCGACAGAGGAACGCUUAA